CACAUCCCUACAAAAACAUCUGGCAUCUCUGAUUGGUAGUUCUAUUCAUAACAUUUUUGAAAAGCUGAAACACAACAAAUUUUACAUACAAAAUUGAUCAAAUUCUCGUAUCCAAAUCAAGGUGAAAUUCAAGAAUACAGUUUGCUUCGAUGGAAAUGAAACAGAUUAUACAAACUGAAGAAACCGCUGACGGUCCAAUCCGGCUACCCUUGGAUAGCGAAAGUCACUCGUUUGACGAUUGGACUAUUUCGUACACUAAGUCACAUAUUCUUAAAAGCGUGUGCACUAACGAUAAUAGAUGCGUACCAGGUGAAUCAAUCUGCUGUGAGCUUUGCGUUUACAAUUUUGCGCUAGAACUGCCCCAUCUGCCGGACAUGGUGUUUCACAAGAAUAUUCUCGUGGUAAGUCAUAAAACUGGAGCUCGUCUAGAGUUCAAACCAAUGGACGCUUUGAAAUUGGUUCGGAAUGAGAAGUUAGACCUAAAGGUUGCAUGCUCAGACGAGUGGAAGGGUAGCAGAGAAGCUGCGGAUACUCAAGAAAAGGUCAAGCCCUUUGACUGGUCUUUUACCACAGAAUACACGGGAACAGUUAACGAUCAUUUUCGAGUUGAAGAAACCGAUCAGAAGAUUGAUAUGUUUAAACUGAUGAGAAGAGAACCAAUUCACUUUUAUCAUGAUUUAACACUUUUUGAGGAUGAACUGCAUGAUCACGGGAUUUCGGUGCUGUCGGUUAAAGUGCGAGUCAUGCCAUCAGGAUUCUAUAUCCUCCAACGCUUCUUCCUUCGUGUUGAUCAUGUACUUAUUCGCAUCAACGAUACCCGCUUUCAUUAUGAGAAAGGUAACGACUAUAUAUUGAGAGAAUAUACUCACCGCGAAGCUAAGGUAGACCAGCUAAAACAUGUUCCACCCGCCCUAUUUAUUAGUCCUAAUGAAAUAGCUGAACACUUGCCCGUUAUUUCGAAACGGACCGAAAAACUAACGGUUCUUCCCGAUGAGGAUUGUCAUCCAGAAUAAACGUUACCUCUGGGUUUUAUGUGAGUCUACUGAAUUAUUUGGACUGAAAAGUAUAAAA